AUGCGCAAUCAUCUGAAAGAAAUGUGCUCAGAGAAUAUUCAGGGAUACAGAAGUGCCUGUGAAGAGAAGGAAGAACUCAAAAGACUGCAACAUACCUUGGAGCAAGUUAGUGAUGGGAAAUAUUUACUUGAAAACCAUCAGCUUGCUAUGGAUGUGGAAAAUAAUAUUGAGAAAUACCACAUUAAUUUACAGCCCUUGGAAUCAAAAGUGAAAGUCAUUCAGAGAGCAUGGCGUGAAUAUCUACAGCGUCAUGAUAUACAGAACCAGGAGCAUCUGGAGAAGCGCAGUCCAUCACCGCCUUCCUUGUCGUCUGACAAAAUGAGCAGUUCUAUCAGCAUGAAUACCUUUUCAAACAGCAGCACUCCCGUAAGUAAGGUUUCUCCUUCAAAGGAUUUUGCUGUUGUUCACCACUGUUGCCACUAG